UCUCACCUCAAAAUCUGUCGAGAUUUCUAUUUAUGAACCCAAAAGAAAAAAAAUAAAUCUUCUCCUCCAAUCCAAAUUGAAUACCUUUUUUUCAAAGCAAGCUCACAAAAACGUGAAAGAACACGACUUCGAUGAAAGCCGCCUCCGCCGCCGUUUUCCGGAAAGGAAUCGACGAGGCCGUAGACGAGGAGGAAGAAGAGGUCUGUAAUGUCUUCGACGGCGAGGUAAAGAGCCAGACGACGUCGUCCAAGAGAAGCCACGACACGAAAAAGCUCAAGGGAUUUUUCACUUCAUUGCUUUUGAUGGAGGAGCACGAGAAGCAUGACCAGGAAGCUCGUAACGCUGCUUCCCGCCGAGAAAUGUCCGAAUUCCAGUCUAAUUACCGGAAAAGAGCUAGAACUAUGACCGAUUACUACUCCGAUCUCAACGAUUACUACACCGAUGCUGAGGAAAACGGCGAUAUCAAUCGGAAGAAGUUACGCGUCUCACGCGCCGUCGCUUCCGUGUCUGCUGCUGCGACUGAGUGUUCGGAGAUUGAGGCGGAGAGCAGCGAGGUCACCGGAUCCGGAUCGGUUCGCGGUUCGGGUCAGCAGAGGCGGUUAUGGGUUAAGGAUCGAAGCAGAGCGUGGUGGGAAGAGUGUAGCCGAUUGGAUUAUCCAGAAGAGGAAUUCAAAAGAGCGUUUCGAAUGUCAAAGUCGACGUUUGAAUUAAUCUGCGAGGAGCUGAAUUCGGCGGUGGCGAAAGAAGACACCGCGUUGAGAAACGCGAUUCCGGUGCGGCAGCGAGUCGCGGUUUGCAUAUGGAGAUUAGCCACCGGAGAGCCACUCCGUCUAGUCUCGAAGAAAUUCGGUUUAGGAAUCUCCACUUGCCACAAGCUUGUUCUUGAGGUAUGUAAAGCGAUUAAAGAUGUUCUAAUGCCCAAGUAUCUUCAAUGGCCAGAUGAUGAGUCUCUGAGAAACAUCAGAGAAACAUUCGAAUCGAUUUCUGGUAUUCCAAACAUUGUUGGCUCCAUGUAUACAACUCACAUUCCGAUUAUAGCUCCUAAGAUCAGUGUAGCUGCUUAUUUUAACAAGAGGCAUACUGAGAGGAACCAGAAGACUUCAUAUUCGAUUACAAUUCAAGCCGUCGUGAGCCCAAAGGGUGUAUUUACUGACUUGUGCAUCGGAUGGCCCGGGUCAAUGCCUGAUGAUCAGGUCUUGGAGAAGUCAUUGUUAUACCAAAGAGCCAACAAUGGAGGUCUUUUGAAAGGCUUGUGGGUCGCUGGUGGACCGGGUCACCCGCUAUUGGACUGGGUCUUGGUUCCAUACACGCAACAGAACUUGACAUGGACGCAGCACGCCUUCAACGAGAAGAUGAGUGACGUGCAGAGAGUGGCUAAAGAAGCGUUUGGGAGGUUAAAAGGACGAUGGGCGUGUCUGCAGAAGCGGACUGAAGUGAAGCUGCAGGAUUUGCCUACGGUUUUGGGUGCUUGCUGUGUGCUUCACAACAUAUGUGAAAUCAGAGAUGAGAAGAUGGAUCCGGAGCUGAUGGUUGAAGUGAUUGAUGAUGAGGUUUUGCCUGAAAACGCAUUGAGAUCGGUUAAUGCAAUGAAGGCAAGAGAUACUAUCUCACAUAAUCUAUUGCAUCACGGACUCGCGGCAAGAAUAUCGAUUGAUUGAUAAAAAAUGGCUCGUUACUCAUCGGACGAUGGGCACGCGCCAGUGAACUCGACGGUGGUCGCCAUUGACAAAGACAAGAACAGUCACUACGCUGUUCGUUGGGCCGUCGAUCAUCUCUUUAAUCUGAUCAACAAUCCCAACAUGAUUCUAGUUCAUGUUCGUCUUAAAAAUUCACACCAUGGAGGAAACAAUGAUAACGAUGAUUUAAAUCAGCUUUUUGUUCCGUACAGAGGAUAUUGUGCGCGAAAAGGGAUUUCAAUGACGGAGGUUAUUCUGGAAGAUACCGACGUUGCGAAAGCAGUGUUGGAUUACGUUAACAAUAACCUUGUGAACAACAUCGUGUUGGGAUCAUCCUCAAAGAACCCUUUCGCUAGAUCUCUCAAGUUCACUAAAUCCCACGACGUUGCUGCUUCCAUCCUCAAAUCGACGCCUGAGUUUUGCUCCAUCUACGUCAUCUCUAAAGGCAAAGUCCAGUCUUCACGAACAGCUCAAAGGCCUAUCACCAAUACACUUGUCCCACCUCGUGCACCAUCGUCUACAUUUCAUCUCCAGAAUCUACCUGACCCUGACCAAGAUCCUGUAGCCAGGGUCCAGCGUAAUGCGAGAAACACAACUCUAGAGAGGCAUGCUCAUGAUAAUGGCUUCAACGCUGUGAGAGAUAGGCAUAAAAGUCCUGCAAAUGGAUCAUUGGACUUUAAUCAUGACUUUAGGCAGGGAAAAAGUCAAAAGAACUCUAUGGGACGUAGUUCGUUUUCUGAUGAAUCCGAUGUUGGGACUCUCAUGAUGGGUUCCAUUGAUCUUACUGCUCACAAUUUUGAUAUCGUUGGUGGAUCUGGUUCUUCUGAUGAGUCAGUUAAUUCACAAUCCAAUAGAGAUAUUGAAGCUGAGAUGAAAAGGUUAAAGAUUGAGCUCAGGCAAACCAUGGACAUGUACAGCUCAGCCUGCAAAGAAGCACUUAAUGCAAAAAAGAAGGCGAAUGAACUUAAUCAGUGGAAAAUGGAAGAAGCUCGAAGAUUUGAGGAAGCUAGGAGUGCUGAAGAGGCAGCCCUGGCUGUUGCAGAGAUUGAGAAGGCCAAGUGCAGAGCUGCAAUGGAAGCAGCUGAGAAAGCUCAGCGAAUGGCGGAAUUGGAAGGACAAAGAAGGAAGCAAGCAGAGAUGAAAGCAAGAAGGGAAUCUCAGGAGAAAGACCGUGCUCUCAGUGCUUUGGUGCAGAAUGAUGUCCGGUACAGAAAAUACUCUAUAGAAGAGAUUGAAGAGGCUACUGACAGGUUUGCAAGCAACAGAAAAAUAGGAGAAGGAGGGUAUGGACCAGUCUAUAAAGGCACACUUGAUCACACUCCUGUUGCCAUUAAAGUCUUGAGACCUGAUGCUGCUCAAGGAAAGAAGCAAUUUCAACAAGAAGUCGAGGUUCUAAGUUGCAUAAGACACCCUCACAUGGUUCUUCUUCUUGGUGCGUGUCCGGAAUAUGGGUGCUUGGUGUACGAGUUCAUGGAAAAUGGGAGCUUAGAGGAUAGACUCUUUCGUAGAGGAAACUCGCCGCCUCUUUCAUGGAGGAAAAGGUUCCAAAUAGCAGCAGAGAUCGCUACUGCACUCUCCUUCAUUCACCAAACAAAGCCAGAGCCUCUGGUUCACCGUGACCUAAAACCUGCCAACAUUCUCCUAGAUAGAAACUAUGUGAGCAAGAUCAGUGACGUUGGAUUAGCUCGGUUAGUCCCCGCGUCAGUGGCUGAUACGGUCACGCAGUACCACAUGACAUCUGCAGCAGGAACGUUCUGUUACAUAGACCCCGAGUACCAGCAGACAGGAAAGUUAACCACGAAAUCAGACAUAUAUUCGUUAGGGAUAAUGCUGCUUCAGGUCAUCACUGCAAAGAGUCCAAUGGGUCUGGCUCAUCACGUGUCGAGGGCAAUCGAUAAAGGAACUUUCAAGGAUAUGCUUGAUCCUUCCGUGACUGAUUGGCCUGUCGAAGAAGCUAUAACUUUUGCGAAGCUGUGUCUAAAAUGUGCCGAGCUAAGAAAGAAAGAUAGACCAGAUCUUGGAAAGGAUAUAGUUCCAGAGCUUGUCCGAUUAAGAAGCUUGGGGAUGAACAACGAGUCAGGAUGCGAGAGUUAACAACUGGGUCUGAAGAUCUUAUAUUAUCUUAAAUCUUUUGAAGAGUUUUAUGAGGACCUGGAUAGAGAGAUUGCUUGCUUCUCAAGAAAGAAAGUUAAGAUAGUGGUAAGUGAAGUGUCAUGAAGAGAUGACUUAACUAAAAUCUAACCCUUGUCAAUAUUAUAUAUCUCUGUAACAUACUUCCACCUUUCGGCUUUCCGAUGAAUAGUAUUGAACAAAAAGCAAUGAUUUAUAUGUUAAUGUUCACUUCUCGUAGCCUAUCUAAGAUGAAGCUAUUGAUUUAUUCAAA